CAAUCCCCGGCGGCCGCAGGACCUGUUCCUCCAUGAACCUGCCGGUAAUCGAGCGCCUUCGCUCCACACCGCCGCGCAGUCUCCGGGGGUCCGAAGGGGAAGAUGGUGAGAUCGAUAUCUUGGGAGAGGAGGAAGAUGAAGACGAGGAGGAGGAGGAGGAGGAGGAGGAGGAAGAGGACGACGUGGAGGAUGAGGGAAGCGCGCAGUUCCUGGAGCCGCUGCACCCGCCGGAGCCGCAGGGGGCGCGGCCGGGCGCGGGCGCGCUGCCGGGAGAGCGCUCCGAGAGCCGAGGCCCCCGGAGCGACUCUCCGGAGCUUGGCACCAAGUUCAGGGCCACCGCGGGGUCUGCGGCGGCCUCUGGGGACGCCCCGCAGCCCGCCAAGCCCCCCUACUCCUACAUCGCACUCAUCACCAUGGCCAUCCUGCAGAGCCCGCACAAGCGCCUCACGCUCAGCGGCAUCUGCGCCUUCAUCAGCAGCCGCUUCCCCUACUACCGCCGCAAGUUCCCGGCCUGGCAGAACAGCAUCCGACACAACCUCUCGCUCAACGACUGCUUCGUCAAGAUCCCCCGAGAGCCCGGCCACCCGGGCAAGGGCAACUACUGGAGCCUGGACCCCGCCUCCCGGGACAUGUUCGACAACGGCAGCUUCCUUCGGCGCAGGAAGCGCUUCAAGCGCCACCACCCGCCCCCGGGAGCCCACCUGCACCACCCCUUCCCCCUGUCCGCAGCGCCUGACGCCCUGCACGGCCCCUACGCGGGCCUGCUGCUCGGGUCCCCCGCCCGGCCGCCCGUCCCCGGGGCCUGCCCCGCCGCCGCUCCUGGGAGCCGCCUGUGCUCUUUGCUGCACCCUCAUCCCCUUCGCUACCUGCUGCUGUCCGCUCCUACCUACUCGGAGGCACCGAGGAAAGCGCAAGGCGCGGACCUGGUGACCCCCGGCGGCGCCCUUACAGCGCUGCAGCCCCCAGUGGGCUCCCAACCUUGGGAGAGGGGCAAGGGGCCGGUGUCGCGGCCCGGAGGUGGAUGCACCUCCUUCAGUAUCGAGAGUAUCAUGCAAGGGGUCCGAGGAGGGAGUACAGGGACCGCGCAGAGUCCAUCCCCGACCCCGUGGGGCUACUGUCACCUGCUGCAACGCCCGUCGUGCCUGUUGCACACCCAGGCCGCUGCCCCCUUGCUCCACGUGUCCGCCGCCGCCGCAGCAUCCGCUGCCCGGACGGUGCUGCAGCCGCAACAGCAGCAGCACCAGGACUUGGCCAGCAAAGGCGCGCUGCCGGGCCAGCACAGGUCCGCCGCUGCGCCGCGGGGGUGUCAGCCGGGCGCCGAGGGCUCCAGGCCGAAGUCGGGCGGAGAGAGGACCUGGAGCCUAGAGGGAGGGCAGAGAGUCCCCGGUCCGGCUCUCCCAGCCGCCUGUCCUCCGGCACUACACCUCGCUCGGCCCGGACUAGGUGUAGGUCUUAGCAUCCCGCAGCAAAGCAGCCACUAA